GGUUCCAGUCCUGCUCCCAGUCCGAGAAACUGCUGUUUGAGUCCCCCACUGGGGGGUGCCACAGAGAAGAGCCGGCUCCGAGGCAGGAAAUGUCUCUGCUGCUGUUGGAGCCAUGAGGUCCGUCCUGCUGAUCAUACUACUAACCAUGGGGACCGACGGGUCCCGAGUCAGAGGAGGACCGGGAUACUCGGACCUGGUUCUAGAUCUGGACCUGUCGGCGGUGCUUCGCCGGGUGGAUCAGCGCUUCCUGUCCGUCACCAUCGACGCCAGUCUGGCCUCAGAUGAGAGGUUCAUGCUCCUGCUGAGAUCUCAGAAGCUCAGGACUCUGGCCAAAGCUCUGAGCCCAGCCUUUUUAAGGUUUGGGGGCACGAGUCAGGACUUCAUGGUGUUCAACCCUCAGAGGAGCAGACAGCUGGAUGCUGGUCUCACCUCAGAGGAGUCCUGCAGUGAUGUGCAGCUGCCCUGGUGGAUAGAGAGCAGACUGAAGGAGGACUGGACUCUGCAGCAGCUGAUCCUCCUCAAAGAGGAGCAGCAGAGGAAGUACCGGAAAGUCCACUUCACAGAGCUCACGGUGGACAUGCUGCUCUCCUUCACCAGAUGCUCCGGCUUGCAGCUGAUUUUCGGCCUCAACGCUCUGCUCAGGACGGCCGACAACAACUGGAACAGCAGCAAUGCCCGCUCCCUGCUGCAGUACUGCGAGUCCAAACAGUACAACAUGUCGUGGGAGCUAGGAAAUGAGCCAAACAGCUUUGAGAAGAAAGCCGGGAUUCGGGUGGAUGGAUAUCAGCUCGGACUAGAUUUUGCUCGUCUCAGAUGGAUGAUGUCGGAGUCCAAACUUUACCGGAAUGCUGGGCUGUACGGACCGGAUGUGGGCCAGCCAAAGGGCCGCAGGGUGGACUUACUGAAGAGCUUCCUGCAGAGCGGAGCCCAGGCUGUGGAUGCCUGCACCUGGCACCACUAUUAUGUGAACGGGAGAGACACAUCUUUAAAGGAUUUUCUGGAUCCCGGAGUUCUUGACACUCUCUCCAUAAAGAUCAAUGAAGUCCUGGAGACAGUAAAGCGAGUGUCUCCAGGGAAGUCUGUGUGGCUUGGGGAGACAAGCUCAGCCUUUGGAGGGGGAGCGGCGGGACUGUCCGACACUUUUGCUGCAGGAUUCAUGUGGCUGGAUAAAUUAGGCCUAGGAGCCAGACUGGGCCUGGACAUCGUGAUGAGGCAGGUGUUGGUUGGAUCUGGGAGUUACCACAUGAUUGACGAUAAUCUGGAUCCUCUUCCUGAUUACUGGCUGUCCGUUCUCUACAAGAGACUAGUUGGACCAGAAGUUUUGCAAGUACAAGCAGUUUCUGAUUUUGGUCAAAGUAAAAGAGUGAGGUUGUAUCUGCACUGCGCCAACAAAAAGAGCUACAAAAGCAGAUCUGUCGUGUUGAUAUCGAUGAACCUGAGUAAGAAGGCGGUGAGCAUCUCAGUUCCUGAACUCGUCUCCAACAGCACAGUGGACGCUUUUGUGCUUCAGUCCGACCAGCCAGGAGAGGAGGGACUCCGCUCCAGGUGUGUGAAACUCAACGGAGCCGUGUUGAAGAUGGUGGACGAUAAAACUCUUCCUGACCUCAGCGGAGUGCGUCUCCCUCCGGCUGAGCACCUGCAGCUUCCUGCGUACUCGCUGACAUUCUUUGUCUUCUUGGACACCCAUGCAGCGGCCUGUCGCUGACCCCGACACUGACCAUUCAGAUCCUCUCCAUUCCUCACUGGACCGUGUCAUGGAAGACUUUAUACUGUUUGUUAGACAUUGACAGUAUUAGAUUUCUUGAACAGGAUUUCUUUUAUCCAAAUCUCAGGAUGGGACUUUUAUGACCUAAAGCAUUUUUUUUUAUAUUAAAAUGUAUUUUAUGUACUGUAUUAUUAGUCUGUAUAAAUCCUUCCUAUGGUGCUUUUGGAUCAAAAAA